CCAAAUUACCGUAUCCUCUCUCUCUCGUUUUACCCUUUGCUAGAUUUUGUUGAUUGGCAUCUCCGCUUCUCGCUGCUCUAUCUUCGCGGCACCUUUCACCCCCAUUUUCCCUUAAACCAUCAAUCAAUCACCCCAAAACCUCAACCUUUUCUGCCUCCCAAUCUUUGCUCACAUUUAUUUAUUACUACUACUAUAUUGCUACUAUUGUUUUUGGAAAUUGCAUAAUGGGGAAAAGAAAAAGAAGGGCUGAUAAAAAUAAAGCACCGGCACAUCCAGGAGUCACUAACUAUCAGCUGUCAAUUUCAGACAUCAUACCACAUGCAUCUCAAGGGGAUCUUCAGUCCAAACAGAUAUCUUUUGACCAAGUUGAAAGCAGUGCAUCACAGGCGCUAUUAAUAGAUGCUCCGGGUAGUUCUCUUAAGAGAUCACCAGGUCAUGAAUCACCUCAUCAUCAGAAUCAUGGCUCCAGCCAUAGAAUAUUGCUGAGGCAUUCUCGCCAUCCAUUUGGUCGCCAUUAUUCUAGACGAAGCUCUAGUAAUUAUUCCGAUGCAUCUCCUUCCAAUUGGAAAGGUUCACCUGUCUAUGAUACUAAGCUGUCCUUCAAACCAGAAAGUAAAGAUCUCUCAGCCUUCCAGUAUAGAGGGGGCGGGAUAUUUCAAAAACCUGAGAGGAUAAGGUCAAAUUCAUUCGGUGAGAAUUCAAUAUCUGGAGAUGUAAGGAAAAUGGAAUGCAGGAUAUGCCAGAAGCGUCUAAGGAAGCACCCAUUCAUUUUUGAGAAUUCUCCAUCUACGAAUCUCUCUGUUGUGGCAGUUCUAGUUUGUGGCCAUGUCUAUCACGCAGAGUGCUUGGAACAGAAGACAAGCCACGUAGAUAGCCAGGACCCGCCAUGUCCGCUGUGUGAGAAGCUUUUUCCUACGAAAGUUGAGUGCAGAAAUGUAAAUCUGCGGUAGGCAUGCAUAUGAACUAUCACUCAAGCUGCAGCAUAAACAGAGCUGGAUCUCGACGUGGUGUUCCCUUCGACAAUCUCCAAACUCAACUGCAGAGACAAGUUACAUGUUACCCGUUUUUCAAGGAAAGCGAGUCUCUCCAUAAGCGUGCCCUUGUGAUGGACUUCCUCUAGAGCUGAGGACAGAGUCUUGCACUCAUUUUUGCUUUCAAUUGCACAAACACCACUCUUUGAGAAGCUAUGCUUCUCUGCCAAAAGCUGAAUCUGCAUAAGUCUUUCACAUCUCUUUCAUAGAUUGUUGAAAACAUCCAAAUCAGAUGUAAAAAGAGAAAGGGAGAGUUUACCAAACGAUCGAGGCGAUCCAAUCGUGCAAUGACUGGAAGGAAACACGGGGCUUCUUGGUUUUCAUCGCCAUGCUCCAUCACGAUCACUACUGUACAAUCAUAACACGAAAUUUCUUUUUGUCUUUUUCCUUUCUACUAUGUGUGUUGUGAGGAGGAAUGGGAAAUGAUAUGAAGGUGAGAAUGAGGAAGAUAUAUAGUAGUAGUAGUAGAUAGGAUAGGUUGAUUAAUGGCAACUACCUAGCCCAUACUUUAGAUGUCAUUUUAUACACAUAUGACUUAUCGUAUCCAAUAAUUUGGCAUA